GUUUUUUCUCGCCUUCGGCGAGAUUUAGUUUGACUGGUACACAUUUGUUUCGGACAAAAAGAACGAGAAUGGCAAAGCCGCAGGUCUCUCGCUUCGCUUGUUUGAAAAUCGAGGAUGAUGAGGAUGACACCGGAGAGGAAGUGACGCGGAGCACGUCCCAAAACAACAGGCAGGCCACAGGUGCUAAGAGCAAGAAAGGGAAGAAGAAAAAGAAGCAAGGCGACAGUACAGUCACAAACGAAAAUCAGGCAUCAGUAUAUAAAGAGUGCCCAAUAUGCAUGGAAGUCCUGGAUCGGGAUGGGCGCCGUUUCUUCCCCUGCCCCUGUCGAUACCAAGUUUGUGGAUUUUGCUGGCACAGAAUUCUGAAUGAGGGUGAUAGCAGGUGUCCGUCAUGCCGUAGAGUGUAUGCACGUUCCCCCCGCAAACCCGACCCUCAGCUUCGCAACUUGGCUUUUGGACUAAAGAGUGGAGCCAAGCCCAAGCCAGCACCUGCAGCAGCUACAGCACCUGCACAGGUGCCACCACCAGUAGGAAGUGGAGACACAACAACCCAUAGUCCGAAUGUAACAGCUAUACCCAUUGGUGGUGGCACCCACGUGUCAAGUGCUAGUACAAGGAAUGGGGAGACAGUUCACCAAUGGGAAGAGUGGAAACAAAAAGAUGCACAGUUUACAGACCAUACCUUUGAAGAUGACUUGCAGAAGGCCAUUAUGAUGAGCAAGCUGGAAUAUGAGCAACAAAGAUUGUUUUAUGACGACCCAGCUUUAAAGGCAGCUUUAGAAGAGGACAAAGGUCCAAACCGGAAAGAGAGAAGGAAACAUCUCCAAGGGAAGGACAAGCCCGUCACCAUGUCCUUAGAUCAGUUUCAGGCUGUGGCAGAUGCAGAAGAGGACUUGAAAACAGUAGUACCCCAGAGGACAGAACCUGAGCUCAAAGAACAUAAAAGCAAGAAAAAGAAAUCCCCAGCAGCUGAACAAAACGGAACAAAGUUCUUUGACCAAGUAGAGCAGGAUGCCAAGAAAUUGCUCAACAUUGAGAGAAGAAAGGAGGAACUUAGAACAGCUUCUAAAGCUAAUGAUCAUGUUAAAGGAGGAGCUGGCUUUAGAGUUGCUGAGAUGCAGGCAGAACUUGAAGCAAAGGAGUUAGAGAUGGCAGAACUCAAAGAAGAGAUGGCAAAAUUAAAGAGUGACCACUCGCAGGUGAAGAAAAGGAAUAAGCAGUUGCUGGUAAUUCUGGCCCAGGGAGAAAUGAAAGACAAGGCCGAGGUGCUACAGCAGGUGGAUGAGCUGGGUCAGAUAAGGGAUGAGCUAACACAGGAGGUUGCAGAACUUCAUGCAGCACUAGAACAGGAGAGGUCUAAGGUCAGCUCGCUCAAAGCCGAACUCCUGAAAUAUCAGAAGCACGGAAAGUGAGAAGAGAAUCUGCGGACAGAGAGAGAUGUCAAUCCCGUCUUCCAAUGAGCUGGUCAAUGUUGACUGCUGCUUAACCUGGUUCUGCCUUUUGUGGCAGAAAUAAAGUUCUGGUUGUUAUGUCCAUUGAACUGUUACAAUUUGUGAACAUGGCCUUCCUGUCACCACCUUCACUUACAUUAACAUGAUAUUGAGCUAUGGCCAGCCUUGUGUACUUUAGAGGGCUUGAUACACACAUUGUAAAUCUUAACAGGUGCCUUUAUUUUCGAUCUAUUGCAUCUGUGUAUGCUCUUCCAUCUGUGUUUAGUUCAAGUAGGUCGUGCAUACUCAUUUACUGUUCUGAAACUUGUCACUGUUUUGAAUCAUUUGCCUCAAACUACAUCUUCAAUAUUUGCCAAUUGGCUCAUCGGUCCACUCAAAUAGAAAAAUGAUGCUCUGUAGUCUGGAUGAGCAUUCCAAGUUACAGAUACAAAGAACUGACAUUGUUGAAACAGAUCACUAGGCUUACGUUGUCAGGUUCAGUUUCAACAUUAUGUGCACUAUCAUCUAAGUAUCACAGAUUUCACUGUGCUUCUAUAACUACUGUUUCAGAUGUAUAUUUCCAAUGCAAUACUAGUACUCAACCUGAACGUCUAAAGCAAUACCAUGCUAGUCUCCAUUCUGUACUGCUUUUCUGUUCACAUCAAUUAUUUAAAGUUAUUUGUUUACAGCAAUACAGUUGGAAGUUGAAGACAAAGCUGUGCGAGAACGAUGAUUGCUCUGAAUCCAAGUUCCAGAAAGGCAAGAUGGCAGAUUACACAAGCUACAGUGUAUGACCUUUUCACAGAUCACUGUGCACUAUUGGUAGCUCAGAUGGGCAAAGAACAUAGUGACCUGGUCACCAUGCAUGCACAGUGUCCUGUCUGGUCUAUGUUGUCAUGGUAGUUAAUAUUGUGUAGCCUCUCAGCUGCCCAUGUUGCCCAGUGUCUCCCAGCAUGCAUUGAGAGAAUAGAAAUGUACAUGGGGAUCAUGUAGUUGAUAUCCUGUCAAAGAAUCUUUUACAUGGCAAAACAGUACUGGAGUCCUCAUAUGCACUAGAAGUAUGUUUCCACUGUGCAAUGAUAUAAGAAAGCAAUAGUAACUUUUUUUUCUCUCUGGAAAAUCUUUUUCUUAUUACAUGAACUGCCAUAACAUGUACAUUUCAAGCUGACAACUUCAUGUGCAUCUUUGAUUGUACUACAUUGACGUCGAAUGGAUUUUCAGAAUACACCCCACAACAUACACAAUAUUGUGAAACACACUCACUGUAAGAUGGGGCUUGGGAGCUAUUUGAACCUUUUUUUCGUCCAUGUGCAUGUAGCAUAGUGUUGAGUUCAGGUAGAAGUACUAGAACGUUACCCAGUUCAAAGACUUGAUUUACACAGGUACUUAGUCUGUUUUACCACAUAUGUUGUUUCUUGUUUACACUGAUAUUCUGUAUGCGUGUUGUCCUAUGUUGCAAGAGUUCCUGAGAGGAAUAAAUACACUGGACAUG